AAAGAAUAUCACGUCUUUAGUACUUGAAUAUGAAGUCGAUGUAAGCUAAAAUAAAACGAAAAAAAAAACAUCUUAGGGCAAAUAAAAUGAAAGAACACUAAAAAUCCACUAAAAAAAGGCACCAACAGAACAAAAAAACAACAAAAAAAAUCUCGUUCAUUCUUGCACUAUUUUCAAUUCAAAUUGUACUGACAAACAAAAAUAGCACGAUUGUUUGGUGUGAACUACACCUUUGGGAUACGGCAAAGUGAAGUUGGUAGCAUUUGGUAAUUGGUGAGAUCUACUCGAGUUUUACAGGCGAGUCUUUAUCUUGGUUCUGUUAGUUUUUACGUUUUUGACGUUCUUUGACGUUUUUUGAGUUGUUUGUCUUUUUUUUUUUCAUCUUUAGUUAUUCCGGGGAUGUCUGAGAAGGAACUCACGGUGUUUGUUGUUGACUUAUCGCCUUCUAUGGCUGCUGAGGUUAAUGGUGGUACCGCGUUGGAUCUAGGGUUGUGUUAUGUGUACGAUAUUUUCAUUGAAAAACUCAUUAAGGGACGGAAAACUGAUUGUAUAGGGUUGGUAACUUUCCAUUCACCUAUAACCGAGAAUCCUUUUAGUGAUGGUAAGAAAUAUAAGAAUAUUGAAUUAAUUGCCGAUAAACUGGUUCCGAGUUAUCAAUUAUUGGGGGAAUUAAAGUCUAAAUUGGUUGUAAAUUCUGAGCCAAUAGCACAAGACGAAAGCGAUUUAUUUCUGGCAAUGUUGGUAGGCUUGAGUUUGUUUAAUGAUACUAAACAUUUGAAAUAUGUACGGAAUUUGGUGGUUGUUUCGGAUUUUGUAACUUCCCUGAAUUCUUUCAAAGAAGAAGUUAUUGAACCAGUGGCUUCUUCGUUUAAACAAUUAAAUGUAAAUUUGGUAGUUAAUGGUAUUGGUGAAAGUGAUUUAUGGAACCGGCUCAUUAAUGAAAUUGGGCCCAAUGCCUAUUUCAUCAAUGCAGUGGAUUCUAUUGACCUUAUUAAUAAUGCUCCUCCUUUCAAAUUGGUUAGACCAAUUCCUCUGUUCAAAGGUAAUUUAAAUCUUGGUGGGGAGAUUAAAUUCGAUAUUCAUUUAUAUCCAAUGGUGAAAUCGGAUUCUUAUCCUACUGCUUCUCAAUUCUAUAUAAAUGAUAACUCAAUUGACAAAAUAAAGAGAGAAACUGACUACUAUAUAUUAAAGAAAAAUAAACCUUCUGAUGAUGAUCCAAUCGAUAAUCAACCAUCCCUUGAUGAUGACGAAGAUGUCUCUUUAGAAAAGAAAUACUUGGAUAAAUCAGAAAUGGUUAAUGGGUUCAAAUAUUCUAAUUUUGAUAUGGUGGCUACUAGUAAACAGUUAAUUGAUCAAGCUACCUUGACCGAUGAUCCGGCUAUUGAUAUUCUUGGGUUUUUAAAAAAAAAUGAUAUACCUCUUGCUUAUUACACUGAUGAGUCUUUUUAUGUAUUACCUUCCAAAACUGGUGACCCUCAAGAUAUUGUUGGUUUAUCCAGUUUUAUUAAAUCCUUAUUAGAUCUUGAUACUGUUGCUAUUGCAAGGUAUGUGAAAUUUAAUAGAAAAGAUUUUUCCUUGGUGGCUUUAUUACCUUUUAAAAUUAAACAUAAUAAUGAAUUCAUCUUUACCUUUUCUUUAAUAAGAUUGCCUUUUAAAGAAGAUGAAAAAUUAGGAAGGUUUCCUUGGUUAAUAAAUAAUAAUAAUGAUAACGACAAAGUUGGUGACGACAACGACGAUAAUGAUGACAACGACGACGAUGAUGACAACGACGAUAAUGAUGACAACGAUGACGAUGACAACGAUGAUCAACGGUUUGAUCAAAAGUUUAAUUACCCUAGUAAGCAAACUAAUAAACUAAUGGAAGAUUUUAUCAAUUCAAAAAGUUUGGAUGAUGACGAAUUUUCAGACCCUUCAAUCAUUGAUAACUUCAAGGUUACUUUAACUAGUUCUACCGUCCCGAAAUUACCAAAUCCUUUUUUCAAAAUCAAAUCGGAUAAUACCAAUUCAAGAUUACUAUCUCCAUCUCCUGCUUUACAUAAAUUUCAUUCCUACUAUAAAAAAACUAUAAAAGAAUCUUUGAACUCUGAUGAUUUAAAUGAUUUCUUAUUGGAUCCAGAGUUCAUUAAAAAAAAUUUGGUUGAUAAAGACGCCGAUCCGGAAUCAAAUAAUUUGUUUCAAUUGUCAAAUAUUUUAAACUUGAAUUCUUCGACUUCUCUGGAUUGGCUUUCAAGUAAAAAUUCAUCCCCAGAAGUGGAGAAACUUAUUAAUAAAUUAAGAAUUAAAUAUAUUGAUAAGGAACCUAAACAAAAGAUUAGAAAAACCGAUGAUGAUAAAUCUGAUUUAGACUUUGAUGAAGUUCCUGAUUUCGAUCUUUAG